AGUAGCGGCGUUAAGAAUAGGGAGCUGCUCCGUAAAGCUACUUGAACGUCAGUCUUCGACCGCGAUCUACCGUGUGCUGAGCUUUCAGCUCUUCCUAUGUGCUGUGUUUUCUCAAUUACUCGUGACUGAUAGUAUCUGCUCGACGACUACUCGCCGUACUAUACUCGGUUUACUUGGACCGUGUGAUUCCGAGAGAAAAGAAAUCUAUCGCCGCUGUUACAUACAUGAUUAAUGGUUUGUAUACGUCCUUGAGAAUUCACCGGGAACUAAAGAUAAAAAAUCUGGUUGCAACGGCCUCUGCAGAUCGACCAUGUCCGGAAGAUCGGAGUUCAAGGCAGAGGAGAAGAACGAUGGAACGCACGAUGCCCCUGUAUCGUUAUCGCAUCUUAAAAAGAUGGCCCCCAUUGACAUCGAAUUCAACGACUUGACCUAUAAGAUACCUUAUGGUAAAAAAGGUUCAAAAGUAAUAUUGAGGGGGAUUUGUGGACAAUUCAAGUCUGGAGAAUUAACCGGGAUACUGGGUCCCUCAGGUGCCGGAAAGUCCACCUUGUUAAACGUCCUCGCGGGAUACAAGACAACCGGCUGCAGCGUUGCAGGACACAUAAAUAUCAAUGGAAAGCCGCGGAAAGAUUUCAAAAAAAUGACCUGCUACAUUAUGCAAGCAGAUCUUCUUCAACCGUGGCUCACGGUAUUCGAAGCGAUGCAUUUUGAGGGCUUGGAAUAUUCAAACUGCAUCGUGUCUCACUUUACGCAUUCUAGUCGCAUAGAAGAAAUUCUGAAUGUUUUACGGUUAAACCGUGCAAAGAACACCACCACCGAACGCCUAUCCGGCGGUGAGAAGAAAAGACUUUCGAUCGCUUUGGAACUGGUGAACAAUCCACCGGUUAUAUUCCUCGACGAACCAACUACAGGAUUAGACGAGAUAUCAGCCUCGCAAUGUGUCGAACUUUUGAAACAAUUGGCGCAAUUAGGAAGAACCGUGAUCUGUUCCCUUCAUACUCCAAGUGCGAGCAUCUUCGGGAAAUUCGAUCAUAUUUACGUAUUAUCCAGCGGACAAUGUGUCUACAGAAGCACCGUGAAUAACUUGAUAGACUUUGUCCGACAAGUUGGCAUCGACUGUCCGAAACAUUACAAUCCUGCUGAUUUCGUGAUAGAAGUAUCUGCGGGCGAAUACGGUUCCGAAUGGAUAAGUCGAAUGAUAAAUUCCGUGUCCACGGAAUUUCCUAUCGUUCCCAUUUCUCAACCAACGAGCAUCGAGUUUCAGCUUGCGGAGAAGAUGUCGAAAUUAUCCUGGACCGACCAAUUCGUCGCUCUGUCGAAACGAAUGUUGCUGCAGUUGUACAGAAAUAAGAAUCACGUAUACCUAAAAAUAGGCUUACACGUAUUUCUCGGCUUCAUCAUCGGGGGCUUGUUUUUAAACGUCGGAAAUGACGGAUCGAAAACUCUCUUCAACUUUGGUUUCUGCUUCGCCUGUUUGAUAGUUUUCCUCUACGUGCCUAUGUUGCCGGUCUUGAUGAACUUUCCCUCGGAAGUGCAGCUGGUUAAACGAGAAUAUUUCAACAGGUGGUACGAUUUGAGUCCCUAUUAUUGUGCUUUCUCCGUAGUCAAUAUACCUGUCCAGAUACUGGUAUCGUCGAUUUACCUUUUCAUCGUAUAUUCGAUCACAGACCAACCGUUGGAAUUCUUCAGAUGUGCAAUGUUUUUCAGUACUUGCUUGAUGUGCGUGCUCAUAGCAGAAAGCAUGGCUUUGGCUAUAGCCAGCAUAUUGAAUAUCGUGAAUGGUACAUUCGUCGGGCCCGCAAUUUCCGUUCCCCUAAUGCUAGUCGCUGUGCAAGGAUUAGGUGAAUCGGAAACGCUACCUAUUUAUCGCAGGCUGAUAAUGUAUCUGAGCUACAUUCGGUACGGUUUGGAGAACCUUAUAACUGCACUGUACGGUUUCAACAGGGAAAAUUUGUACUGUCCGCCCACGGAAAUAUUCUGCGAAUUCAGGGCACCCCGGCAAAUUUUACACACGAUGCAAAUGGAACAUGUGGUUUUCUGGCUGGACUUCCUUGCCUUGACCAUCAUCCUUGUCCUCAUGAAGGUUCUCACUUUUUAUUUAUUGAGGCAGCGACUUAAACCGAACAAAACAUUCCAGGCGCUUCAUCUCAUCGGGACGUUGGUGAAGAGUCACUUUAACAUGGACAAUUGAAACAUAGUCUUGGGUUGUGAAAGAGAACAGAGUAGAAAAUAAUUAUGUAUCUCGAAAAGGUAAUCGAUCUUUUACGACUAUAUUUCCAAUGCGAUAUAAACGGCCAAAUAAUUCGAUCGAAAUGGGAAAUUCGAUCGUUUAAGAGGACUUGGCUUUCUAAAAAAAAAAACAUUUAUCUUCGAUAAUUCACAUGGUACCGAUGUGUAAUGGUACAAAUUUUUAUAUUUCACUUACGUAUACGGACGAUCCAACGAAACUCUUCUUUCAGUUAUUCCUAUGGUAACGUAGGCUCUACAGCGAUCUGAAAAAAUUCCAAGCAUUAGUACACGUAUUAUAAUAGCGAAAGAUAUGCUCAUUGUACGAAAUUUUGUCCAUAUAUAUUUCAAAUUAA